AUGGUUAGAUUUGUUGAGUUAGAGUUUGAUGACGAAGAUGAUAAUGUUGAUGAGAAUGAAAUUAUGUCAAGAAAGAAAUACAAAAUCCUUAACUCUACACUCAACACCAUUCUUGAAUUUUUGAAUGAUAUUGUUAGGAAGUCCUCUGUAUGGGGUGAAGAGGUUGAUUUUCUAUUAAAAUCCCAAGAGUCACGAAUAAGGACUUUAUUUAAUAAUGUUGUUGCAAAUUUCAAAGAACAUCUUGCUGCUCAAUCCAUAUCUUACAAAUAUGAAUCAAGGAAUUACAGAAUGUUGCUCAUGAGCGACACGAAAAUUUUGAGAAGCUUGUGA